UCUUCUUCCGGGUUACAGCUCUCCCCCUGGCGUGGUUUUUGGAUUUGACAACGCACAUAAGCGUGUGUACAUAAAAUUGGUUUGAUAAAAUGAGUUCUCAGAAAGGUAAUGUCUCCCGAUCGCGCGGCCAGAAGCAUCAAAACGCAUCUGCUUUCAAAAACGACAAGUACGGAGCCAAUAUACAAGUGAAGAAGGCAAACUCAAAGAUCCACGAUGGGCUCUGUCAUCACUGUAAAGGUGUUCUUGAGUGGAAAGUGAAGUACAACAAGUACAAGUCACUGACACAGCCUCGGAAAUGCGUCAAGUGUUCCCAAAAGACUGUGAAGGAUGCGUAUCACGUCAUUUGUAAGCCCUGCUCCCUUCAGCUGGAGAUCUGCUGCAAGUGUGGAAAGAAAGAGGGUAUCGUUAUCCCAAUAAACUCACAAGAGGAGGGGAAUGAAGAUGAAGAAGAAGAAGAUGGAGAACAGACAAAGAAAGGACGUGGACGAGGAAAGAAGAACAUGGAUGACUUGGACACUGAUGAUGACUUUGAUGAUGAUGAUGAUGAUUUAAGUGACUUUGGAGACAAGGAUGAACGAGAGGAUUCGGAUAGCAACCCCGAGGCAAAGAAGACGCAGAAAAAGUCUGAUGUGAUCCCAGAUGUAUCUCGAGUCAAGAUUAAAGACUAAAGACAUUGAGCAGGUUUUCAUUGUACUUUAUUGUAUUUUAUUCAACAUUCACUUUUUGAUUUAAAACAUUACGAGGUAUGGGAUGUGUUUGAACUUGGUGCUUGCUUCACAUACAAACAUGAAGCAGCAACAACAGUCAUUCUUUUUUCAGAUUACAUUUUUUUUAAACUGAAGUGUAAGAAUUGUAGUUUUGAUCAUAUAGAAGGAGCCGUUUCAUCUCGUCUGAAUGUGGUCAUGGAGAAGUUCAGAUAAUGACUAAAACGAGACUGUGCGAGUUGAGAAAGUUUAAGUGCCCAACCUUUCUUGAUCUGUGACGUGGAUCUGCGCCGUCAGUCCAAUAUCCGUCAUUUAAAUUAUGUCAAUAUCAGACAUGAUAGAGAUAUUAGAUCUGAUCUGUUAUAACAAUAAUACUUUAGUUAUGUAAACUCAUUUAUCUUGUUGGAUAAGUACAUAAGAAAUUUAACCAAUUCUAAAACUAUAAAGAAAUAAAACUACAAGUGAAUUCAGAAUAUACUUCUUUUUUUUUGCAGAGUUUUGUCUUUAUUAGAUGGGUCAGGAAGUGUUGGGAGUAGAGCAUUGGGGAUGAUAUGCAGGGCCGAGGUCAAAUUCAAACCCACAGCCGCUGCGAUGAGCACUAUAGCCUCUUUUUUAUGGGGCAUGCUUCAUAACAGCUAGGCUAUUCGGUGCCUCGGGAAUAUUUCAAUUGGAUGCUGUUAGUUUGUAAUUUCAAAAUCACAAGUAUUCUUCAUUAACAAGGGCUGUAUCAUUUACUGUACAUUCAAAAACCCUUUACAAACAAUGCACAUUUUAAAAUUAUUUUUCCCAAUACAUGCCUUACAGUGUCAUUGAUGUUUUCUGGACACUAAGUUGUCAGCUGAUCAAGAACACCGAGUUAAAAUAAAACAUCACACAAAAAGUAA